UCUAGUCCACACCAAUCUUGAGCAUUCUGAGCCAUUGGAGUAUUGGACGAUAGAAGUCCUACUGUGCUGGGAAAACCGCACUCGCCGAGCACAUUUUCGAGCCCGUCCGCGUCGCCGGCGCCGCUGCCCCGAGUCAGUCAAUGCUCUCCGUGCCACCGGGAGAAGCCUGGAAAAACCCAAACCAACCGAAAUUUCCUCCACAAACCCCACGAGCCGGGCACCGGGUUGAGCAGCGGACGGCGACUCCACCUAGCCGCUGACCCCUCGUCAACUCCCCCUAACCCCCCUACACGCCCAGGGCCUGGAUCUCCGACCGGCGGGGUGAGAUGGCGGAGGCGGUGGCCGGCUGGCUGGUGUGCCCCCUCAUCCGGAUCGUCGUCGACAAGGCCAAGGCCUGCGCCGCCGACAGGAUCAGGUGGCUGAACGGCGGCGUCCCCGACGCGCUCCACCAGCUUGACCGCUCGCUCACGGAGCUCCGCGCCGUGGCGGGCGCCGUCGAGCGGAGCCGCGGUGCGAGGGGCGGCCUCGACCGGUGGCUGCUGCAGCUCAAGGACGCCGUCUACGAGGCCGAUGACGUCGUCGACGAGUUCGAGUACCGGAGGCUCCUCCUCCUCCAGCCCGACGGAGGCAAGGUCGGCCGCGCGCGCUCCUCCCUCGUCAAGAUCGGCAAGCAGCUCGUCGGCGCCGACGAGUCGCUCAACAGGCUAAAGGGCGUCGUCGAGAAGCUGGACUCCGUCAUGGCCAGCUCCGGGCGGCUGAUGCAGGCGGCGGGGCUGGAGGCCUCGUGGUCAGGCGAGCUCAGCGGCGGCCACCGCCUCACCUGGGACGGCCCCGUCACGGGCUCGCUGCUGGAAGAUGGCGACGUGUUUGGGCGUGACGCGGAGCGGAAGGACUUGGUUUCUUGGUUGGUCGCCACAGAUCAGCGCACCGCUGCCAUCCCCGUCGCUGCGAUCAUGGGGCACGGCGGGAUGGGGAAGACCACGCUGGCGCGCGUUCUAUUCCACGACGACUCGGUGAAGGCCGCGUUUGAUUUGGUCAUGUGGGUGUGCCCCGCUGCCACUUACCACAAGGUUGAGCUCGUGAAGCAAAUUUUGCAGUCUGCGGAGGUUCAAGUCCCUGACGACAUGAAGAACUUCGAUUGGCUCCAGAGACGGCUCAAGGAGGCCGUCUCGUCCCGGAGGUUCCUUCUGGUUCUCGACAAUGUCUGGAACAAAGAGGGGAUGGAUGAGUAUAUGUGGAGUGAGGUGUUGGCUCCUCUUAGAUGUGGCCAACCAGGGAGCAAGAUCAUGGUCACCACCCGGAAAAAGAUUGUUGCGAACUUGCUGAAUGCGAGCAAGCAGGUCAUGUUGGACGGAUUGCCGUUUGCCGAUGUUUGGUCACUGUUCACUAGAAUUGCUUUUAGUAAUGACAGCGCUGCCAAGCAUCCGGCAUUGCAGGCAAUUGGGGAGCAGCUUGUUCCGAAGCUCAAGGGGUUGCCAUUGGCUGCCAAGGUCGUCGGCGGGAUGCUGAAGAGUACCCGGAAUAUCAGUAAGUGGAAGAGGAUCUCCGAAAUGGAAAUGUAUGACAAUGUUAGCUCGACGCUAGAGCUGUGUUACCGGAACCUUCAGGAGCACCUGCAGCCGUGCUUUGCCAUCUGUAGCAUAUUCCCGAAAAACUGGCCGUUUAAGCGUGACAAGUUGGUUAAGAUUUGGAUGGCUCUGGAUUUCAUUCGUCCAGCUGAUGGGAAGAAACCGGAGGAUGUAGGGAAGGAGUACUUUGAUCAGCUUGUGGAGAGGUCCUUCUUCCAUGAGCGCAAGGAGGGCCGUCAGAAUUACUAUUACAUUCAUGACCUGAUGCAUGACCUGGCUGAGAGUGUCUCACGAAUUGACUGUGCAAGAGUUGAAAGUGUUGAAGAGAAACACAUACCUCGUACAGUCCGGCACUUAUCUGUUGCCAGUGAUGCAGUGAUGCACCUCAAAGGCCGGUGCGAGCUCAAAAGAUUGCGCACAUUCAUAAUUCUUAAGGAUUCCUCGUCUUGCCUUAGUCAAAUGCCAGAUGAUAUCCUGAAAGAAUUAAAAUGUGUCCGUGUGCUUGGUUUGGAUGGCUGCGAUAUGGUUGCCCUGUCGGAUAAAAUUGGUCAAUUGAUGCACCUGAGGUACCUUGCUCUUUGCAAAACAAUUACAAUACUCCCACAGUCAGUCACAAAGCUGUUUCUUCUUCAGACCCUAAUAAUCCCUAAGAGAUGCCACCUCGAGGCAUUUCCGAAGGAUAUGCAGAACUUGAAAUAUUUGCGCCAUUUGGAUAUGGACAGGGCAAGUACAUCGAAAGUUGUGGGUAUUGGGAAAAUGAUUCAUCUCCAGGGAUCAAUUGAGUUCCACGUUAAAAGGGAAAAAGGACAUACGUUAGAAGACUUGUAUGAUAUGAAUGAUCUCCGAAGAAAGCUCCAUAUCAAGAAUCUUGAUGUUGUAUCCAGCAAACAAGAGGCACGGAAAGCUGGCCUGAUCAAGAAACAGGGUAUUAAGGUGCUGGAACUAGAAUGGAAUUCGACUGGUAAGAUCAUGCCUUCUGUUGACGCUGAAGUCUUAGAAGGCCUUGAACCACACCCACAUGUUGAAGAGAUCCGUAUUAGAAGAUAUCAUGGUAAUACUUCACCAUGUUGGUUGGGCAUGAGCUUCAAGAAGGACAAUACGCUGCGCCUACUUAAAUCUUUAUAUUUGACCAACUGUAGAAAAUGGGAGGUCCUUCCUCCUCUUGGGCAACUUCCCUGCCUCAAGGUUUUGCAUUUGAAAGAGAUGUGCUCAGUGAAACAAAUCGGCAGUGAGUUCCAUGGAACCAAUUCAAUUGCAUUUCCAUGUCUGACAGACCUUUUAUUCGAUGAUAUGCUGCAAUUGGUUGAGUGGACCGAAGAAGAGAAGAACAUUGAUGUUUUCCCCAAGCUCCAUAAGCUGAGUCUUUUGAACUGUCCCAAAUUGGUGAAAGUGCCUCCUUUAUCACCGUCUGUCAGGAAGGUAACUGUCAAAAAUACAGGGUUUGUUUCUCACAUGAAGCUGUCCUUUUCAUCAUCAUCACAAGCGUUCAAUGCUGCAUUGGAGACUUGUUCUUCCAGUAUCCUUACAGAUGGCUUCCUGCGGAAGCAACAGGUGGAAUCAAUUGUAGUUUUGGCUCUGAAACGCUGCGAAGAUGUGAAGUUCAAGGACUUUCAGGCACUAACCUCACUCAAGAAGUUGCAAAUCUCUCAUUCGGACAUAACAGAUGAGCAACUUGGCACUUGUUUGCGAUGCUUACAAUCACUUACCUCUCUGGAGAUAGACAACUGCAGCAACAUAAAAUAUCUUCCACAUAUUGAGAAUCCGAGUGGCUUAACAACGUUACACGUCCGGCAAUGCCCUGAGUUGUCUUCUCUGCAUUCGCUGCCAAAUUUUGUGACACUGGAAAGCAUAUUGAUCGAAAAUUGCUCCAAGCUCACCGUGGAAUCUUUCCCUAGUGACUUCAGCAGCCUCGAUUCUCUGAGAAAAUUGAGCAUAAUGAGCUGCACGAAGCUGGAGUCACUGCCAAGCGACUUCCCAUCUUCACUGCAAGUUCUUGAUCUGAUUGGGUGCAAGCCAGCGCUGUUGAACCAACUGCAGCUCAAGGUAGGAUCAGAAUGGGAUAAAGUAGCUUAUGUCCCGAUAAAGCGGAUCCAUUGACAAGAGGUUGCUGUGCAGGUGCGUCUGGUACCAUUUUUUUUGUCUGAAACUCUAAUGUGCGGGAUGUGUGAGAUGAAAUUCGUGCCAAUACCCUGCCAUGGGAUGGAAUUGUUGUACUCCCUCCGAUCCAUAUUAAUUGUCUCAAAUUUGCCCAAAUAUGGAUGUAUUUAUGCUAAAAAGUGUCUAGAUACAUGUAAUAUUUCGACAACUUAUGGAUCGGAGGGAGCAUGAUGUUUCUGUACUCCGACUAUUAUGUGAUCCGUCUUUAAUGUCCAUAUUGACUGAAGUGCAUUUUCAUUUCAUUUCC